GGGCGCUGUUUACACCUAACCGACAAAAGUCGCGAAGAAGAAAACUAAAAAGCGCACGUGUUUCCGGUUUUUCCAUCUGCUGGGCACAAAUUGCUAACAAACAGUAAAAAUGGUUCGUAAAUUAAAAUUCCAUGAACAGAAGCUGUUGAAGAAGGUGGACUUUAUUAACUGGGAGGUGGACAACAACCUGCAUGAGGUGAAGGUGCUGCGGAGGUUUCACAUCGAGAAGCGGGAGGACUACACGAAAUACAACAAACUGAGUCGUAACAUCAGAGAUCUGGCGAAGAAAAUCAGAGACCUGGAUGAGAAGGAUGGUUUCAGAGCUCAGAGCACACACCAGUUAUUAGAAAAACUGUACAGCGUCGGCCUCAUCCCCACCAGACAGAAUCUGGCCCUGACAGAGAAAGUCACAGCUUCCUCAUUUUGCAGGAGGCGGCUGCCCAGCGUCAUGCAGAACCUUCGAAUGGCUCAGAAUCUGAAGACCGCCAUUACUUUCAUCGAACAAGGACAUGUGCGUGUCGGCCCAGAUGUUGUCACAGAUCCAGCUUUUCUGGUCACAAGAAAUAUGGAAGAUUUUGUCACCUGGGUGGACUCCUCAAAGAUCAAGCAGCAUGUCAUGAAUUAUAAUGAGGAGAGGGACGACUUUGAUGUGGUGGCUUAAGUCUGGAGGAAAAGAUGAGAACCUGCUGUGGGACGAGUACAACUCAGGAGUCUCCUGUUUGAAACUGCCAUCAGAUCUGAGAAAAAGACACUUUCACAUUCUUAUAAGUUAAAAACCCUGUUUAUCUUUGUGCAACAUAACAUUGUGAAUAUAUUGUAUAUGCUUGAAUAAAUCAUAAAACACAGGAAGAGUUUUAAUUGA